AAAGCAAAACAGAUGUCACCACAAAUCAGCGACAGAGGACGUCAACGAAAUUGGCCGAAGGUAGUGCCAGGCGGAGUGGAGUCUAUUUGCGUGAGGAGACAGAAAAGAAAGGCACAAACAACAACGACGUACCUAGACGGCCCUAGUUAGUUAGCUCCGAGAGAAACCUAGUUAUUCCAUCAACGCGAAAAGUUUGGCGAAAACAUCGUUUCUCAGAGACACAAGGUCAGCUUACCAGGCGGCAGACAUCGCUAUGGCGCAGGAGACCAAUCAGAGCCCAGUUCCUAUGCUCUGUCCCACCGGCUGUGGUUUCUAUGGCAACCCUAGGACUAAUGGCAUGUGCUCUGUGUGCCACAAGGAGCACCUGUCAAGACAGAACAAUGGUGGAGUCAGUUCUCUGAGUGCUGUGGGCAGCAGCAGUGGCUCUACAGCUGAGGCCUCUGCCAUCCAGAGGUUAGAGGCCACGUUGAAUAAUGCUGCAGCGGCUGCAGUUGCUGCUGCAGAGGUGGCAGCUGAGGCCGCCGCCUCUGCUGAGGCUGCUGCCACAGAGGCUCUCAGUGGAGUUUCAACAGCCAUUUCUGUAACACAACAGAUGACUGAGAUGAGUCUUUCCUGUGAGGAGAAAGGAGCAUCAGGAAGCAAAGUAGAGUUUACAGAGCCAGUGUUGAGCCAACCCACGUUCUCAGCCUCCCAUCCCUCCACUGCUGGCAGUGAAGAGUUCAAAGCCCCGGAGCCCCCAAAACCCAAGAAGAAUCGCUGCUUUAUGUGCCGCAAAAAGGUCGGCCUUACAGGUUUUGACUGCCGCUGUGGGAAUCUGUUCUGUGGACUUCACCGUUACUCUGAUAAGCAUAACUGUCCAUACGACUACAAAGCUGAAGCUGCUGACAAGAUUCGCAAAGAGAACCCUGUGGUUGUUGCUGACAAGAUCCAGAGAAUAUGAAGAGGACUCUCAGUUUGACUUUGAAUACUUGGAGCGAUCGGCUUAAAAAAAAAAAAAAAAAAAAGGACAUGAGCCCAACCUUCUCCCUGAAGGACCUGUUUUUUCCCCCUUGUUUGUUACACGUUCAGGACUUUUCCCCCGCAGUGCAUGAAAGUUCACGCAUAUUUUCAGCUUUCAUUCUUGUUUAUGUGUGAGUUUAACACUUUUGGAGGGUUGUAUUGGACAAACAGUGUGUGUGUGAGGAUGAGGGGUGGGUCCAUAGGAGUGACUGAAGAAAAAAUGAUAGCCCUUUUAGAAAAUGCUGUUGAUGGCUGCCCAGUCUGUUUUGUGAUUCCCCCUGAGGUCGCUUGAACGAUGCCUGGAAAGAGCUUGGACACUUGGGCUCUGUUUGGACUCUCAGACUGUUACUGCUGUUGGCUGAUGGCGCCACCUCAGCCGUGCUUGCUCUCUGCUGGCUUGAGUAGCAAAAUGGAUGUUGUCUCCCCCCCCCUGUUUUUGGUCAAAGUUUAACCCUCCUUUACAUGUCAGAUUUUGCGUCCUGGUAAGUUUUUAUCAACCCAAAAUGCUUCUCUGUGCCGCUGGAAUCUCGUCCACUGUGGUCCCCCCCUUGACACACAGCUCCUGAGAUGUAUUGCAAAGAGACUUUGAAGAAGAGACUUUGUUGCUAGCCUUUUCUUGCUGGCUCGUAUUCCUUCCCUCCUGCUGUGUGUGCGGCACUAGCAGUACAAAGUAGUUUGACAGUUUACUACUAUUUCUCUCCUGUUGAUCUCGGCUGAAUGCUGCGACGCGCUCUGUGCCCGGGAUCUGGAUGGCAGGAACAUGGACUUUAAAACCAUCCACUGAAGUCACAUUUUCUUAGUUUGUUUCCUUUUUUUUGUCAUUUUCCAGAAAAGUGGUGUGUAUGCUGUGUGUUGUUGUAUGACAAGUAGCCUAAACUUGUAUUAAUUUUUGCCUUUGGAAGGGUUUAGCUCCACUAAUAUUUUCAUCUUUUACUUCACUAUUGAAUGUGUUCCUCGAUUUUUAAUGUGAGCUGGCAAAUUCACAGCGUUGGGAGCGUUGGACUGUUGCAUACUGUGUAUCAAACACAGGUGUGUGUGCGUGUGUUUUGUGGGAGUAGACUUGGACGGCUGGUGUGUGAGUAUCGUAUGAGGUUAAGUGGUUGUGUGCCGCGGUGACUUGUCGUAGGUUAUUAAUAAUUUUCCGUUUUUGUUGAGUUUUGGUCUGGCUGCUUAAUCUGUUUGUUUUGUUUUUUACCCUUUAGUUAUGCAAGUUUGUACAACCAUCUUUAUUUAUAUACUGCAGUGCGCGUAAUCAUCCAAUAAUACAGAAUGAAUUGUAUGAUGUAAAUAAAUUAUGUUCACAAAUAUAAAA